AUGGUGAGGGGCGGGAGCAUGCGCCGGCCGUCUCUGGCGGCGGUCUCGGCGGCGGCGGCCGAGCCCGCGGCGCCGGAGUUCACCCUGUCGGCGGACGACUACAGGCUCAUGGAGGAGGUGGGCUUCGGCGCCAACGCCGUCGUCUACCGCGCAAUCUUCCUCCCCGCCAACCGCACCAUCGCCGUCAAGUGCCUCGAUCUCGAUCGAAUCAACAGUAACCUCGAUGAUGUUCGCAAGGAGGCUCAGAUCAUGAAAUUGAUAGACCAUCCUAACGUCAUCAAGGCUUAUUGCUCAUUUGUUGUCGACCACAACCUUUGGGUCAUAAUGCCCUUCAUGGCAGAGGGUUCAUGUUUACACCUAAUGAAGGUCGCACAUCCUGACGGCCUGGAGGAGCCUGUCAUCUGCUCUAUUCUUAAAGAAACACUCAAGGCUCUCGCUUACCUCCAUGGCCAAGGACAUAUCCACCGAGAUGUUAAGGCGGGCAAUAUCCUUGUUGAUAGCCCUGGUGUAGUGAAGCUUGGGGACUUUGGCGUAUCUGCUUGCUUGUUUGACAGAGGCGAUAGGCAAAGAUCCAGGAAUACAUUUGUGGGAACACCGUGCUGGAUGGCUCCAGAAGUUCUCCAGCCUGGAACCGGUUAUAAUUUCAAAGCUGAUAUUUGGUCAUUUGGAAUAACUGCACUGGAGCUUGCACAUGGCCACGCUCCCUUCUCUAAGUACCCUCCCAUGAAGGUUCUUCUCAUGACCCUUCAAAAUGCACCACCAGGUCUUGACUAUGACCGUGAUAGAAAAUUCUCAAAGUCUUUCAAGGAAAUGGUUGCAAUGUGCUUGGUAAAAGAUCAAACUAAGAGGCCAACAGCUGAGAAGUUACUAAAGCAUUCGUUUUUCAAGAACACAAAGGCCCCACAGCUGACAGUUAAGAGCAUCUUAACCGAUUUGCCCCCUCUGUGGGAUCGUGUGAAGGCACUCCAGCAAAAAGAUGCAGCACACCUGGCUUCAUCCGAACAGGAAGCACUUUCCAUGAGUGAGUAUCAACGAGGUGUCAGUGCAUGGCACUUUGAUAUUGAGGAUCUGAAGGCUCAAGCAUUACUGAUUAAUGAUGACGAUCCACCUGAAUUGAAGGAAGAUGAUGACAUCGCCCGAAUAACUGAAGUUGAUAAGGGCACAUCUUUUGAGAGUCAUUUUGGACAAUCAACGCUUCUGAAUGGAAAUAACCACAGGUUGAAUCAUGAACGAACUUGUACCACUGCAGUAAAUCCAGGUGGAAAUGGCCCUGAAACAAGUGAUGUAUUCACUUCUGACCUUGGCAAUGCUGAUAGUCCAAGGAUGGUUGAUGGACACACAAAGCAAGGAUCAGAAAAUGGUUCAUUGUCCUCUACAUCGAAGCAAGGUUCUGAGGGUGGAAAUCACAGGAGUGAAGUUAGACAAAGACAAAGGACAUUCUCUGGUCCGGUUAUGUAUUCCGGUACCCGCAGUAGUUCACUGAUUGAAAGAGGUUAUAUUAUUGAUAAGGAUGCAGGAGCUCGAUCACCUAAUAAACAAAAGAGUGACACGGGAAGAAUCGAUGAUCUUAGUGGUCCGCUUUCACUUUCAACUCGUGCUUCUGCAAAUAGUCUGUCUGCCCCUAUUCGGUCUUCUGGAGGAUAUGUGGGCUCCUUGGGAGACAAGCCUAGGGUGGAAAUAAAAGGCCGAUUUUCCGUAACAUCCGAAAAUGUGGAUCUGGCGAAGGUUCAGGAAAUUCCAGUGGUCAAAAUUUCACCUAAACCACAGGAGGUAAGAACUCAGGUCUCUACAAUGAAAAGAUCAGCCAGUGUUGGUGCUUGGCCAGUGAAGGCUAAGUCAAUGUCUAAUAGUCAUCAUCGAAGGGAAUUCCGUGACAGCUCAGUAUCUGCAUCAAUUCUGAUUCCCCAUCUUGAAAACCUUGUACAGCAGACCACAUUCCAGCAAGAUAUCAUCACGAACCUAAUGAGUAACUUGCAACAGAAUGAGAAACCCAAUGGGCCGCAGACUAGAGUUCAGACUAUGGUGGGUGAUACAGGGGUUGAAACGGGCAGUGCUGAGAGAGAACGGAAACUACUUGCUAAAGUAUUCGAAUUACAGUCAAGGAUGAUUUCUUUAACCGACGAGCUGAUUGCAUCAAAGCUGAAGCAUGUUGAGCUGCAAGAAGAGCUGAAUAGACUCUACUGCCAAGAAGAAACAGGCGAGACAAGAGAGGAUGACUACAGCGGAGACCUUUGA